AUGCAGUGCGGAAUCACUACAGGAUUCUUCUGUAAUACAGAGUGCGGAAUAUCUACAGAAUUCUUCUGUAAUAUAGAGUGCGGAGUCUCUACGGAAUUCUUCUGUUAUACAAAGUGCGGAAUCACAACAGGAUUCUUCUCUAAUACAGAGUACAGGAUCACUACAGGAUUCUUCUGUAAUACAGAGUACGGGAUCACUGCAGGAUUCUUCUGUAAUAUAGAGUGCAGAAUCUCUACAGGAUUCUUCUGUAAUACAGAGUGCGGGAUCACUACAGGAUUCUUCUGUAAUACAAAGUGCAGAAUCACUACAGGAUUCUUCUGUAAUACAGAGCGCGGGAUCACUACAGGAUUCUUCUGUAAUACAGAGUGCGGGAUCACUACAGGAUUCAUCUGUAAUACAGAGUACGGACUCACUACAGGAUUCUUCUGUAAUACAGAGUGCGGGAUCACUACAGGAUUCUUCUGUAAUACAGAGUACGGGAUCACUACAGGAUUCUUCUGUAAUACAGAGUGCGGGAUCACUACAGGAUUCUUCUGUAAUACAGAGUGCGGGAUCACUACAGGAUUCUUCUGUAAUACAGAGUACGGGAUCACUACAGGAUUCAUCUGUAAUACAGAGUGCGGGAUCACUACAGGAUUCUUCUGUAAUACAGAGUGCGGGAUCACUACAGGAUUCAUCUGUAAUACAGAGUGCGGGAUCACUACAGGAUUCUUCUGUAAUACAGAGUACGGGAUCACUACAGGAUUUUUCUGUAAUACAGAGUGCGGGAUCACUACAGGAUUCUUCUGUAAUACAGAGUGCGGGAUCACUACAGGAUUCAUCUGUAAUACAGAGUGCAGGAUCACUACAGGAUUCUUCUGUAAUACAGAGUGCGGGAUCACUACAGGAUUCUUCUGUAAUACAGAGUGCAGGAUCACUACAGGAUUCAUCUGUAAUGCAGAGUGCAGGAUCACUACAGGAUUCAUCUGUUAUACAGAAUGCGGAAUCACUACAGGAUCAUUAUGA